AUGCGGCAUAAACCUACAUUGCCCCACCCAGAAAACGAUGGCCCCUUCUUGGCCCCUUCACCCGCUCGUCACGCCGCUUUGGCAAAGCUCGAUAGACGCCCAUCUGAUACCACCCCGCAAAAUGUCCCCCGCCAAAAGGUCACUCCACUCCAACCAUUUGCCACCCCUCCUCGUGACAAUUCGCUCACCCCCUCUCUCGACUCGGCAAAGAGCGACGCCUUGUUCACUCCUGCUCAAAACGUCUCUGGCGCCUCUCCUUUGGUACGAUCGCUGGUCAGUGGCGACCUGCAUUCCGACUCUCGUCAGAUCGGGGAGCCCGUCAAAGCUCAAAAGAAGCCCCACUUCUGGCACUUGACGCCUUCGCCUUGGCCUUCUAGCACGCUCGACAUUGUCAGCCUUGCUGAGAGGUUCGAAGGGCUAGACGUAGACAUGGAAAUUGCCCAGCCUCCAUCUCCUGAGCAGACUCCUUCCCCUCUUCCCAAGCCUGUUGAGCUGAAGGAUUCGUCGAAGCCUCUACCCUUUGUCGACCCCCGCUUGAAGCUCUAUCCGUUUAUCCUUCCCCCUGGACUCUGGGAUGUCAAGUCCCAGCCCGACGCCAACGGUGUUGAGCAUGAGACGCGUCCUCUGCUCCCAGUCAAGCCUAUCGCCUCUUCCUCCCCUGUAGACCCCUGCACCCCCGCCUCUCCGUCUCCCCGUAUCUUCCAAGACCCCUCCGCGUCAAAGGAUUACUCCAGGCUUCGCAACCCCUCGCCCCUUCUCAACCACUCCCCCACUGCCACCCUGCACCUCUCGACCACCGUACCCUAUGCAGAAGCGCCGGGGAAGCAAGGCCAACUCUGUCGCCUCUUCCUCCCCUGCAUCUCUACGUAUCUUCCAGGACCCCUCCCUGUCGACCAAUCACUCCAGAUUUCGCAUCUCCUCCCCCCUUCUCAACCCCUCCCCUACUGCCACCCUACACCUCUCCACCACCGUACCGUAUCCAGGAGAGCCGGAAACGUUGGGCCAACUCGUUUGGCUCGUUUUCAAAACUGCCUUCCAUCUUCGCCGGGGUGGCUGUAUCACGGUGCGGAACUUGAAGGGUAG